AUGGUCGACCCACCGAUGAUUAUUUCCGUACAAGACCACGUAGUACACGGAGAUGGAGUCAAAUCACUUGAAAUAAUAAAUACUAGAUAUGAUAUGGUAGCAAUGUCGCCAAAUGCAAAAUAUAUUGUCGGUUAUGGUCUUGAUAACGAUAAAAACGGAUGUAUUGUCGGAUGGAAUAUUCAAGACAUAAAUGAAGGAAAAUUAGAAUUAGAUGAUACGGUUAAACCAUAUGACUUGAAAUAUAGGUCUGUAUUCUACUUUUCUGUCUCUGACAAAAAAAUAAACUUAUCUGUCUCUGACGAAAAAAUAGUAGCGUUUACGUCAUAUCGAUAUGGAAAUAAAAUAAUUGAUAUGAACAAUCAGGAUCGAAAAAUAGAAUUAGAUUUAAUGAUUGAAUUAACUAUUUUAUCAUAUCAUUUUAAUACAAAAAAUGAGCUUAUCUUACUUGGUCAUAAAAAUGAUAAUGGUUCUUUCUUUAUUUGGGUUCAUUCAACACAAACUGAAGAUAACAAAUGGAAUUUUCAAAAUGAAUAUGAAAUAGCUGAAGGAAUGGAGUUAAUAAGUAUAAAGAAUGAUAAAAUUUGGUUACGUAAUGGAAACAGCAUAAAGGAAUCAAAUUAUAUAACUUGUAAAAAUAAAUAUAUUCGUAUUUUCAAAGACAUAAACGAGGUUAAAACGGAAGAUAUUCGUAUUUCUAGUAAUGAUAAGUUUACUUGUCUGAAAAUAAAUGAUGAAAUAAUUGUUUAUUCGGAUGAAAUUGAAAAGCCUUUUGCAUUAUUGGAUACAAAUUAUGACGAUUCCGUUCUUAAAAUUAAAAUUGAUUUGGAGUUAGAUAUCAAUUCUUUAGAGGAAUUACAAAUAUAUGAAGAUGCAGAAAAUUGGAUGGCAUAUUUCGGAAUCGAAAAGGCUAAAAAUAACAAUAAUCCGUUUAUUACCAAUAUGGAGAUUGAUAAUGGAUUAUAUAAAUAUCUUUGGGAUUAUAAUAAAGAACUAGUUUUACAGAAUCAGAAUAUUAAAGUAAAUAUUCAUAAGGUUAUAAAUAUUAUCGCAUUACGUGUUUAUAAAAGAGCUAAUGAGGAUGAUAAUUGGUAUUUAACGGUUGAAUAUGUUCAAAUGAUUAAAGGACAAGAAAGUAUAGAUAUAAUUGAAGCCAAAAUGAUAAAUAACGAUAUUGGUAUCCUAACUAGUAUUGGCAUUUUUAUCUUAAAUAUGAGUGAAAAUGAUAAAAUAUCAUUAAAACAUUUUCAUUAUACAUUGAUGAAAAGAACUAUUUUCGGCGACUACCCUACAUUUGUCGAUUAUAAGGAACUAAUUAUGGGAUGGAUCUCAUACAUAAACAAUGAUAAAUUAGAUUUUUUAAAAUAUGGUCAUGUAUUACUUAGGUUUGCAAUUAAGGUGCAUGACAUAAAAUUAAUAUCUGAUAUUUAUAAAACAUGUUUUUAUAAUUUCAAACAAGAUUUAGAAAAUAAUAAAACUUUCUUGAGUAUUAUUACUACGACGAUGCCAUUAUUUAAAGAAUCUUAUCCUGACUAUCUUAUAAGAUAUUCAUUGGAUACAAACAUGAUAAUAGAUUCUAUGGAUUAUAAUGUCAGACAACAAACACCCUUAUAUCUUCAUCCUUGCACUAAAAAGGAAAAAAUUAAUACACGUUCUUCAAUCGAACGUAUUAUAUUUUGGAUUAUUAAUUGUUUAUUAUUUUCAUGCGUUUACAUUUAUAACAUUUGUGCUUCAGUAUAUAUAAAUAUUAAGAUUAUUCCACGUGAUAAAGAAUUAAAACCCGCAAUUACAUUUAUCAUUCCAUAUUUCAAAUUUGUUAGUUAUCCACAAAAAUAUAGUUGGUGGAAGGAAUUAAUUAAACCUCAACCUAGUCCAUUUGUAGAAACCAUAUCUAGAGAUAUAUAUAAAACAAUGAAUGGGGAAGCUUUGAUUAUUUUCAAAUGGAAUUCAUAUGGAAAAUUAUAA